GAUACAAACGGAACAAGUAGACAAGAAUUUUCCUAUCUCCUUCUCUUUGUAUUGUAAUCUGCCAAACGGACCAUUGCCAGUCUCCCAAAGAGUGAGUAUAGCGGAAGCUGAGAGAGGUGUUUGGUUUGGUCAUCUAAUCAUGGGUCCCUUCACACUGGCUGUUGACUCCAAGAGCUCUCAUGUAGUCUGCUCUGAUGUAUCAAAUAGGAAGAUUCAAAACUUACAGCUGCAAACAAAGAAGUGCUUUGCAUCAGUCAGCUUGGAAGACGAAAAGCCUUUUGAUUUCCUACGUAUUUUGUUUGAGGGAAUCAUAGCUGGAGGUACAGCUGGAGUUGUGGUUGAAACAGCUUUAUACCCAAUUGAUACAAUAAAGACACGGCUGCAGGCAGCUCGUGGUGGAGGUAAAAUAGUUUUGAAGGGGCUUUAUUCUGGAUUGGCUGGUAAUCUUGCUGGUGUCUUGCCAGCUUCUGCUUUAUUUGUCGGUGUCUAUGAACCUACAAAACAGAAACUAUUGAAGCUCCUCCCAGAAAAUCUUAGUGCCGUUGCUCACUUGACUGCAGGGGCCAUAGGAGGAAUUGCUGCUUCACUUAUUCGUGUUCCUACUGAGGUUGUAAAGCAAAGGAUGCAGACUGGGCAGUUUACUUCUGCAUCUAAUGCUGUUCGUGUUAUUGCAUCAAAGGAGGGAUUUAAGGGUCUCUAUGCGGGUUACGGAUCUUUUUUAUUACGAGAUUUGCCAUUUGAUGCCAUUCAAUUCUGCAUCUACGAACAACUUAGAAUUGGUUACAAGGCAGCGGCUCGAAGAGAUUUAAAUGAUCCUGAGAAUGCGAUUAUUGGUGCAUUUGCUGGUGCAUUAACUGGAGCAAUAACAACUCCCCUGGAUGUUAUUAAAACGAGGUUAAUGGUUCAGGGAUCAGCAAACCAGUAUAGGGGGGUCUUUGAUUGUGUUCAAACUAUUAUUAGGGAGGAAGGGUCUUCUGCUCUUCUUAAGGGCAUUCAGCCAAGGGUGUUGUGGAUCGGUAUCGGUGGUUCAAUCUUUUUUGGUGUCCUCGAGAGCACAAAACGACUGCUUGCGGAGAGGCGCCCCAAACCCCGUCAGGAAUCAAAACAUGAUUAAGUCCUUGGACUGCGUCCAAGGUUUUCUGAAUUUUAAGUUUCUUUACCUUUCUACAAUUCACGAUCAAAUAUUAGAAGGGGAAAAUUUUAAUGAAGAAAUAUUAUUUA